CACACACAAAGAACAACUGUGACGUUCACCGACAGAGGUCGUGCUUGGCAACCAGUCCUCCAUACUUAUGGUGGAAAAUAGCAACAGACUGUGGUGGAAAUAACGCUAUUUAGAUAGAAGUUAACUACAAAUCAGGUAGAUUUUUACAAUUAUGGAUUUAAAGGAAAUAAUGUGAUCAGUUUGUGGAAAUCAAAUGUGGACUCUAAAAACUGAAAUUUGUGAAAUCAAUAGCGAAAACCGGGGAACAUGACUACCCGGGUGAAACCUCUGCCAGUUCAAGUGCAGAGAACACGAUCAAUGCUAACCACCGGAGAUAUGUAUACACACAAUACUCUAGAUGGCACAAGCCACCACCUUCCUCCGAUUGCUAGCCAGACUGUCGGAGGAGCUCACAGCGCCCAUGUCACCACAAAUGCAGUCCACUCUGGACACGGUGUCAAGGUGCAGCAGCUUUAUGAGGAUCAUAAACACCACCACGACAAGCAUGUCACCAUUCAGCAUGGUGGGACAGAACCCGAGGCACCACAACAGAAUAUUCGGCCCAGUUCUAGUGCGGGAAGUCAGGGAAGCAAGACAGGGUCUGCUGCAGCUCGUCGUAACAAUUCAAUGAGUCCAGAGUCUGCUAUGAAACAGUUCAUGCAUAAGCUGACUUCUUUUGAACAUCAUGAAAUUUUUAACUAUCCUUCUAUCUUUUUUGUGGGACAAAAUGCAAAAAAACGACAAGGUGUUGUAGGGGGAGCUAAUAAUAAUGGCUACGACGAUGAAAAUGGCUCGUAUAUACAUGUACCUCAUGAUCAUAUAGGAUAUCGUUAUGAAGUGCUCAAAGUCAUUGGAAAAGGAAGUUUUGGACAGGUUGUUAAAGCUUAUGAUCAUAAAAUUAAUUCACAUGUAGCAUUAAAAAUGGUGAGAAAUGAGAAGAGAUUUCACCGUCAGGCUCAAGAGGAGAUUCGGAUCUUAGAACAUCUUAAGAAACAAGACAAGGACAAUGCUAUGAACAUUGUUCACAUGAGUGAACAUUUUACAUUCCGUAACCAUAUAUGUAUUACCUUUGAACUUCUGAGCAUGAAUUUGUAUGAACUGAUCAAGAAAAACAAAUUCCAGGGAUUUAGCUUACAGCUUGUGAGGAAAUUUGCACAUUCCAUAUUGCAAUGUUUAGAUGCUUUGUACAAAAAUAGGAUCAUUCAUUGUGAUCUCAAACCUGAAAACAUUCUCCUUAAGCAGCAGGGAAGAAGUGGCAUCAAAGUCAUUGAUUUUGGCUCCAGUUGUUACGAACAUCAGCGUAUAUACACAUACAUUCAGUCACGCUUCUACAGAGCACCAGAAGUCAUUUUAGGAGCUAAGUAUGGAAUGCCAAUUGACAUGUGGAGUUUAGGAUGCAUUUUAGCUGAACUUUUAACAGGGUAUCCUUUGUUCCCUGGAGAAGAUGAGGGGGACCAGUUAGCUUGUAUUAUAGAAUUACAAGGUAUGCCACCUCAAAAGUUGUUAGAUCAGUCCAAACGAGCAAGGAAUUUUAUAAGUUCCAAAGGCUACCCUCGAUACUGCACUGUCACCACUCUACCAGAUGGCAGCACUGUGCUAAAUGGCUGUCGUUCCAGGCGAGGAAAGCCAAGGGGCCCUCCGAGUAGUAAAGAAAUGGUGACAGCCCUGAAAGGAUGUGAAGAUCCACUUUUCCUUGAUUUUAUGAAGCGAUGCUUAGAUUGGGAUCCUUCAUCGCGGAUGACACCCGGACAAGCAUUACGUCACCCCUGGCUCCGACGUCGAUUGCCAAAACCUCCCACCGUAGAUAAUCGAGCAGACUCCGCAUCCCGCCGAAAAUCUACCGCCAACACCACUAGUGCAGUGAUACCUAAACUUGCAAGCGGAACAUCGAGUGGAAAGGGGAGAAAUAACAUCAUAACAGACGAAAUGUCUGCACAGAUGCACAAUCGAACCCGACUGCCACAAAUUGGCUCCACCUUAUAGGAGCCAGUGCUUGUGAUAUAGUGUUCUUGUGAUAUUUUUAUGCCGUCCACUGUUAUUUUGAUUUUUUUAGUCAAUUAAUGUGUAUGGUUUAACUAAGAUAAUGUACGACAAACUGUUUGGUGUGAAGAAAAAUGUCUGGCCUUUUUUUUUUUUACUCUGAGUACUAGGAGGUGUCUUGUGUUGGAUUGUGUGGUAUAAUCAUGAAUUAAGACAAAACAUAUUACAAAACCUAAGUGGAGAAAAAAUUGUUACAGUGUAAUGUGUAUUGCAAUCCAAUUUAUCAGUAUUUUCUUGUUCAUGUGAAUUGAAUAUAUGCAUUUGUCAUGUGAUGCAUUGAUUGUUGUGAAAAAACAUAGAAUCAUGCCCUUCAUUGUGAUAAUUUGAGGAAGUCAUUACCUGAUUACUGUGUUUUGACUGAAAAUGCAAACAUAUUUGCUACAUUCCAAAAAAAUCUGAUGAUAAGAAAAAAUGUUCAUCAAUCACAGAAAGUUAAAAUCCUGUAUUUUCAAUGAAGUUUAAUUUUUUUUUCUUUUUUUUUUUUGAGCCACUGAUGUUAAAUAAUUGUAUAAAAGAUCUGUUCACAGUUUUUCCUGCUAGAAAGAUGAGCCUAAGUUAAUUAUUGAUACAGACUUUGUCCUUUAUCCUAUAAUAAUUAAAUAUGCAAUACACCUAUAUAUCGACACCUAGUCCGGGGGCUCUGAAGUUUCUACUGAUUUUUCAUUACCAGCGUAACCCUGUGUAACAAGGUAGUAUUGAUUUCACCUCAGGAGUUUUAAAUCAAAUUUUGUUAAUCUUAAGGAAGGAAGAUUGUUUUUGUUAUUUGACACAGGAAUUAUCGUUAGUUAUUCUGUUUUAAAACAGUGUGUACAGUUUCACUUUAGUUGAUAUCUUUAAUUAAUUUGAGUCUUGAAAUGUUUAAAGCACAAAUCAAUUUCUUAACUCUCGGACUUGUUUUUCAUUCGUGUUGCUGCAUGUAUAUAUCAUUUUUUAAAAUAAAUAUUUAUAUACUUUUUUUUUUUAAUUUUCUCAACCACAAAUGACAUAUACUUGAUAUUUUUAAAAUAAAUAGCGUAUUUUCACUUUUCAGUGGUAAAAUGAGUUUCCUUUAUAGUUUAUUUUAACAAAAAAAAAUGCCAUGAAUAUUUAACAGCAGAUAUUUUUAAAAUAAUGCAAGGUGUCAGAUCAGAGCCAAAGUGCCAAAUUAGCCAAGCCUCUCAGAAUAACGUAAAUAUGUACUGUAUGGAACCCCAUCCUGUUUAUUUACAUGUACCGUGUGAACAUAAUGUUUAUCUUUUUACUGCCAUAUCCUACUCUUGUUAAGAAUCGUCAUACAGAUUACAUCUGAAGGUUUUUACAUUUUCAUGAUUGAUGCAUGUUGUGUGUUUAUAAGGAAGUUGUGAUUGGAAGAAAAAUGUUAUUUUUAAAUUUGUUUAAACAAAAAUUUCAUAUUUUUUGUGCAUAGUAAAAUUAUAUUUCUUUUUUAUUUUGAAGUGUGAUCUGUUAAAAUAUCCCAAAACUGUUUUAUUUAAAAUGUGUUUUAUAUAUAUUUCCACUGUUUAUAUAUAGUUUUACAUCAUUUUUAUGAAUUUUGUAAAUAGUGGAAUAAUUGACCAACGAUUGGUCUGAGAUUUUUUUCUGUUUGUCCAUACAAUGCUGUAUAUAUAUAUAUAUAUAUUUAUAUAUAUAGAACAAACUAACAUUAUAAUUAUCAUACCCUCAAACAGUCCAAAUCUUGUGUUGCUGGUUUUCUACAACUUCUUUGAUUUCAUUUUUUUAUUUUUAAAUCACUGUGGAGUGUCUGUUUGUCUGUCUGUAGUUAGUACCAAGCAAAACUUCAUAAAACUUAGCAAUUUUGUUCCCUUACAAUGCAAGGGAAUUUGGUUCUUCACUCCUCUAAGAAAGUGGUGUAUUUGUGUUUGAAAAAUGCAUAAUAUGCCCCUUUGUUUGUUCUUAAUUCAAAAAUCUCCUCACUUCUAUUGAAAUGUCUUUUUAAAACUGUACUUGACAAUUAUGUAUAUUAAAACACACAGGAAAUCUUA